AUUGUUGCUAGGUGUAUGACCGCAUGUUUCAAAGCAUUUGAAAAUGUGAGUUAAAAUGAGUUUACGAGAGAAAGCCAAUCUGAAUAGUGCUCAGGCAUUUUUACACAGGUCAAAGUCUCUGUAUGAUGGGACGAAAUCAACAAUGCGUCUGUCAAAUAUAACAUCAAAAUUACGAACAGUAUCGUCGACUUUGGCUAAUACGAAUCCUUUCAGCAGCAAAUCUCAGGACCAGAGCAUCGCAGAAGAAUUGGUGAGCGAUGCUAAGCACAAAGAAGGAGUUAAGAAGAUCCGAAGACGAACUCGUAAACGAAUUACAUCGACAACUGAAUCGUCUACCAGUGCAGGUGUCAAUCCAGAGAAGCCCGAACGAAAAAAGCGUAAAAAGAAAGCUAAAGAUAAACAACCAGAAACAAUGAAGUCAGAGAAGACAAAAAGUAUUCCACAAACUACAGAAUAUAUUGUUCAGGAAGGAGAUUCAUUUAUUAGUGUAGCAGCUCAAUUUGAUAUAACUCCAUCAGAGCUAUGCCGUAUCAAUAAAUUCUUAUCCCGAACAUUAUUUGUUGGUCAGGUGAUCAAAGUUCCAAUCCCUGAAAAGGUAGAAAAGGUGACUGAAAAAUCAAAAGAUAAGUCUGUUAUACCUGGUGAUCAGGAAGAAUUGAAAAAGAGCCCAAUUCCCGAUGAAGGUCAAGCGAUAUCGGCGGUUACAAUGACAGAAACUGCCACAACAUCAGAUUCAGUAUUGUGCGACGUAAUAGAAGAGAAAUCUGAGGCGAAGUUACUAUCACAAGGGGAUUCACUAACAUCAUCUUUUAGCGCAACAGACACGGAUGAAUGGGAUGUAGAUGAAUCAUCAUAUAGUGAAUACACGGAUUAUGCAGAAGAAGAAAACGAUCCACUGGCUUGUCAGUACCUGAAAUUCGACAGCAAUUUUGUUGUUGAUUUACAAAAUUCUAUUUCUGGAAUCAUCUUAGUGACUACAGAUAUGUUUGUAUUCAAGCCAAAUGAUGAAGAACAAUACCCGCUGGAAAAUCAUUGUAAACAAAUCCCUUUAAAUCAGUUUCGUACAGUUGCAGUUUACAGAGAUCCAUCCGUUAUGUAUUUCACAAAACGUGGAGCACAAACUUCUUCAAGUCCAACCAUGAUGAGAAUGGGAACCAAUGUUAACAAUCCAGUUGAAUACUCAGAACCGAGUUGUAGUUCAAUUAGCAUAAAAGACGAUGAUGCGACAAGUAAUCAGCCGUUAAAUUGCCCAAAAAACGGAGAAGAUAAUUCUGACGCAAACGUGGAUGAAAGAAUUAUGGAGAAAAAUGAUGAAAAGCCUUUUGAAGAGGUCACAAUAACGGAAAUACAGAGUACUUCAUCUCUAUCUAUCCUAGAUAAAAAUGAUUUAGAUGAGAAUCCUUUAUAUUUGUGCAUAUUAGCAUCCACCAACUCAGUGAGAAAUAUUAAACGGAGAAGACAUCCACAUUGGUUUACUAUUCAAUCGGAAGAAUACUGGUUUUUAAUACCAAAAGAAAAGGCAAAAGUUCUGUUCGAUUUUCUUUUGACCUGUCAAUUUCAUGGAUACGAGGAUGAUGUAUACAGUGAAGGACAUCUAACAGAUACUAAAACAAGUCAACUAUCGGUUACAAGUAACGAAAUCAGGGACAAACCUAAUAUCAGCACAAAUACUAAAAAACUUCAUUCAAAAUCAUUUGGGAGUCUGAGUUUUCUUAAAUCAUUUAAUAGUCCAACAUCAGUUGAUUCUCCGUCUAUAAAUGAUGAUGAUGAUGAUAUUGAUACUGUUGGUAAGUUUGACAAAAUAUCCCAUCAUCAUAACAAUCACAAAUAUACUCAUUAUCGACACAACUACCAUUGUCAUUUCGUCGUUGUCCCGAAAACGUUCGACUGGAUUUUACCACGUAUCGGUAGUUCAGAUGAUCAAUCCCGUGCACUGGUUACCCUGAGAAAUCAUAAACAAAAACGGGUACAAAGUUCCAAAGAGUUUCCGAAAGUAAUUUGUGAUGAUGAUAACAACCUUCAACAGGAUGAUACUUCGGUCAGUGCGAAUGAAUUACACAAUGAUGAACAGCAGUCACUUCCAAAUUCUUUUUUAGGAGUGACAACAAACAGUGUACAGAAGAUGCGAGGGUGUCAUAGCAUGCCAUCAAUGGAAGAAGAGAAAGCUGCAUUGCAAACAUUAAAACUAGAUUCUAUUGACUGGGAGUUGGUUAGUUCAAAAGAACUGGAAUUAAAGGAACAAGAGGAAGAACAACGAAAUUUUAUGUCUGAGUGUAUCAAACUUGCAGAACCUGAAUCAUUACCGUUGCCUCCGGCUACAUCAAACAGUGAAAUAUUUGACGCUCAAAACGUUCGGGAUCUUUUGCAAAAUCUAACACCUGAUGCGGAAGGCUUGGAUUGGGUAUUAACCUAUAGUACUUCUCUGCAUGGAUUCAGUUUAAGAUCAUUAUAUCGUCGAUGCGCAAACAGUUUGACAGAAGCUUCAAUGGAUGACGUUCAUAAUUCAAUACAUUCUAGAAUGAAACAUGCACGUAUACUGAACUCACCUCAUGCAUCAAAUCAACCAUGUAUAAUAAUUAUACGGACUUCAGUAAACGAAAUAUUUGGUGCAAUGCUUAAUACACAUCCAUAUCCAAGUGGUGGUCGAUUCUAUGGAAAUGGUUCAAGUUUUGUAUUUCGAUGGGUCAAUACAAAUAGUAUUAACGAAGAUCAAUUGAAAGAGCUUGAUUCAACUGAUAAAAAUGAUUCAUUUUCAGUUAAAUCAAAUAAGUUAACUCAUAAGCAGGAUGUCAGUGCAUCAUCAUCAUCGAAAUUUUGUAAUGUUGACUGUAAUGAUAUCCAGUCAUCCUAUGAUUUACAAACCGAUGCAGUUACAGAAGAAUUAGCUCAUUUAUUUUUCCUUGAGGGAAAUGAACUUUCUGAUGUCGCCAAUAAACAAACCUUUCAGAAAUUUGUUUGGAGCGGUAAAAAUUCCUAUUUCAUUAAUGGGGGGUACGAUUCACUCACUAUAGGAUGCUCUAAAGGUCAUUCUGCCAUAUACAUUGACGAUGUAUUGUUGCAUGGACGUAGUGACAGCUGUGAAACAUUUGAUAACCCACAGCUAACUUCAUCUCCUGACUUUGUUAUUACUACACUUGAAAUAUGGUCAUUCAUCUAAAGAAGAUGCUUAGAACAUGACACUAGAUCAGAUCACGCUAAUGAUGAAUAAAUAAUAAUAUAAAUACAAGAGAAGCGAAUAUCCAUAUAGUAUUGUCUGAAACUUCCCACUUUUCAUCUUAUCAGCAUCUGAUUACAAUAAGUAUUAUUUACCGACAUAUUUUGUAAAGCUAUAAAAGAAUACUCAGCAAAACACAUCAGUAUCAAGUGAUUUUCUUUCUUCAAUACUGAAGUUAGUAGUGUCUACACUUUCUUCUCAAUCAAUACUUUAUCUGACAAGAUGUACUGAUUUCUUACAAUAACUUCUUAUGUCACUAAUUAUUUCGAAGGUGAUCAGAAUUGAUUAUGUUUCUUAUACGUUCAUUGAGUCAUUCCAAUAUUUCUUGUCCUUAUUUUCCAGAUUAUUAUAUCAUGAAAUCUUUCAUUUUAACUUUCAUGUCCCUUCUUGUCUGCAAUUCGUAUUUUUAUUUGUUCACUUAUUUGGAUUACAUAACUCGACCAAUGGGCAAAAGAUAUCUUUAUUUAUAUGUAUUCAUAUUCAUAUUAAUUAACUCGGAGGAAGCUAUUUCUAUUGUCAUAAUUUCGUAAAAUUUUUGUUCUCAUACUCAUAUGUACUUUGUAGAUAUCGUGCUGUGUUACGUAGACACAUAUGUGUACACUUUAAUGUUAGCCAAUCAUAUGUAUUUACAUACAAACACGUACUUCAUACACGAAGAGUGUAAACACUUCCUAAUAUAUCCACUCACUAAUCUUACCGUUGAUUGAUUCUUUUUUUCCUGUAUCUCUUCAUUUUGAUUGGUUUGUGACAGUCUUUCUAAAAUGCUGAGAAGCAGUGAAAAAUGGGUCAUGUGGAUAGUGAGUUAAUAGCAAAAAAAAUCAUAAAAUUAAGAAGUUCAGAAUAGAUGAUCAAAAUAUCAAAUUAUCAUAAAAUAAGAACUAUUUUCCUGUUAUGCUCACUGUGCAUUUAGAUUACUUUAAAUGAACCAGUGUUAUAUUUAUUUAUCUAUUUAUUCUUUGUGCAACUUAUUUCUAAUAACUUUAGCAGUGUAAUUGACAAGUAACGAUAUUGUUUUCUUUAUGUUUGCAUAAGUCUACAAUCAUCUGCGUAGUUGGGACGUAAAGAAUUGCAAAUAAACAUGGAAAGAUCUAAAGCUGAAGCCAUCAAUAGUUUCUCUUAGAAAUGAUGUCAAAUUGAAUCACGGCGUGUCAACCAUUAGGUCAUUGAACAAAAAAGUUAAAGUACUGAAAGUGCUGACCCCAGCUACUAAACUCAUAACCCUAUUUCAAUUACAGUACACCAAAAUGUAAUUAAUAAGAGGUGAAAAAUCACUAUUCUUUUCCUGAUAAUUAUAUGGAACAGUCACUUAGGUAAAAAAGACUGUUUGGUGGCUGGCAGUAGAAUCUGGGACGUGUGUUUCGUCCUAGUUGGGACUCGUUAUCUCGAUGCACAUGCUCCCAAGUUAGUGAUGUUGUUCCUACUGAGACUUGAACCUAGCACCAUUCGUUUCAAACGCCAAAGUGUUAUCCACUGGGGCACAAGAGCCAACCUUUGUGCAGUGGGUAUUAGUUACUGUCCCAUACUUGUGAUAUUCCGUUGCUGUACUGGAUGAAACUAAUUGACUUCAGUCGGCAGAUGUGCUCCUAUGCGGGUGCCUCAAUACUGCUGGAUUACUCUUUAUUUCGUAUUCUGCUUGGUUGCUUGCUGUGAAAUCUGGAGGCAUAUGCAUAGAAGCCCAUAUGUCAACGAAGAUCGAACAAUUUGACUCAGUUUGGUGAUGGUAGAUUGCAAGUAUCAAGUUAUCAUCGAAAUUAACUUCAGCAUUGCGUCAAAGUAUAUAUUCAUUUCGUUUUCUUGCUUGAUUAGCAUAUACAGAUGAAGUAUUAUCUACUAUACAAUGAUUAGGAAAUGGUACUAGUAAUUGUAGCAAGUGAAUUGUAUUCAGAAAGUAUCCAGCUAGAUAGCGAUGUAUGCGCUAUGUAAAAUAUACACAUAAAAGUGGAAGAAAAACAGACAAUUUCGUAAAUACAAUUGAGAUACAAAGUUAUCGUAUCGAUAAAAUAAUAAUAUGGAAUAUAGGAUACACACCCAGACUCUACAGAUGAAUUCACUUGAACCCAGUUCUUGUUAGUAAAAACAGGCCUAAGUAUUAUUAUCCAUAGAUACUUGCUGUCGGUUCUAUUCUAUCCCAAACAGUUGGAAUGUAUCCACAACCAAAUGGAUUAGUCAGUCAUUGCCCAUAGGUUCUUAAAACCAGUUCUUCUACAUUGUUUCAACCCACAAAUAGGAGAAAACUUGGUGUCUGAUCAUCAAAGCUCACCAUGCCUAGAUAUAUUCAACAUCUGAUAAAGAGCAAAAUCAAGCUGUCUCCACAACUAGUUCUUUCUAUUCUGAAUCACAUCAACAGGGCUCAUCCAUCACUACAUUUUACUUAUGAAAAUGAAAUCAUCUAUCCGAUGCGUAUUCUUGAGAAGCUAAUGACAAGAAACGAAAAUGGCUGUAUGCUGAGAAGUGUAUACAGAAAACCGACAUCUAAGGUACAGUAGGUACACUUUCUUAGCUUCGUGCCGACGAGACGCAUAACUGCUUUGCGAUAUAUUUAAUUCCAUCUUGGUUAUGUGUGACUGCAUUUAUCUAAGAGGAUUAAGCGUAUAUCCUUUUAAAGAUUUCAUACUGGUUGAAAUUCUGGUUCUUCCUAGGGACCCCAGUAAAUCUUCGGACCAUGAUUCUUCUGAAAACAAUCUUUGCUGGACUCAACACGUAGCUCACCAACAGCUGUUCAGCAUAGUUAAUGCUAUUGAAAUGAGACUGAUCAAAUCUAAACUUUGCAUUCAGAAAGAUCAUGUUCAUUCCUUAUCCCUCCUCAUGGCUUCAGUAAAGUUACGGUCACUCCUGUCUUCUUUAUUCAUUGUCUUUUCGUUUACCAUCACAUUAAUUAUCUGUACAUUUGUAUUGUUCUAAUACUGACAAAUUUGAAAAGCUAAAUCGAUUUCUUUAUUGUCGUUAUAUCUCACUCCACUUUGAAAAUGCAUUUGCCCCUAACUUGGGUUAAACUUACGCUGUACAAGUGCAUUUUAUAAUUGUAGAACCUGAUGAGAAUUUCGAAAAAAUUAUUUUUCGUUG